GUUGCUUUUAUAAAUGUCAAAUUGUGCGUAGUCCCGUCAUUUCAUUUCAAAAUUCAAGUUCAUUUUCAUUAAAAAUAGUAUGAGAAAUGUAGAGAAACGAAAGGAUUUGUGCAUUACCAUAAUAUUCAGUGAAUCCACCGCGAGUUUAUUGAAUUUAAGCGCACCUCAUUUGGAUCAACUCGAUCCUGAAAAUUCUAGAAUAUUUCUGAUAUCACCCCACCGCUACAAGUCAAUUAAGGGAAGUGUGAGUUGUACGGAGUUGAAAGAAGAAAAACCUAGUACCAGCCAAGGUAUUAACAGUAAUAUUCUGUCAAAGUAUCAAGAUAUCGUAGAUAAAAAAGAAGCAGAAAAAGAUUCCGGAGAAGCUUAUUUACAAAUAUCAUCAAACGUUGGUUUAUUUUCCAAAAGCACUUGCUCCUCUAAUUCUUGUAUGUACGAAGGCUGCAAUUCCGAGGAUAGCUUCGAACUUUUGAAUACGAAACCAACAGACGAAAUGGAAGAUAACGCCAAUAAUAGAUCUCAAAACAACUUAUUCGAAGCUAGAAAAUUUUUACCAUUACCGUUAGUAACAGCUAGAAGUAAAGCUCACGAGAAUAAAUUAAAUACACAUUCCAAUGAUAUUUACGUAUCGUUAUUAGAUUCGAGCUCUAGUUCGACUGAUCACAUGUGCCGGAUAUGUCAUGGCGGCGAAAGCUUGGACGAUCUGCUUAUGCCUUGUAGGUGUAGAGGAACCGUGGCUUUGGUGCAUUUGAAAUGUUUGGAGAGGUGGCUUAAAGAUUCACAACAUAGCUACUGCGAAUUAUGUAUGCACCAUUAUAAAAUCGAAAGAAGACCUAGAUACAGUAUUUUGGGUUCAAUAUACGCUUAUAUGAAAGAACCAGGUCCUCGUAAAAAAGAAAUAAUGUACGAUUUGCUUGCUUUAACUUUAUAUACACCAACGGCUGUGGCAUCAACUUACGUAUUAAUGAUGAUGUGCGAAACAUUGGUCAAAGCUAACAUCGUCAAAACCGGGACGAUUUCGUCGCAUAUAUUGGCGUUUUCGGCUGUUUUCGGUAUGGCUGCCAUAGAUUUCACAUAUUCUUCUUGGUUACUAUACACUUGUCAAAAACACGCGGAAGCUUGGAGGGAAUGGUAUAAUAAUACUACAACUGUGAAAGUUAUUUUACCAGCUAUUAAAAUGAGGCCUAUAAAGGGUAAAAGGAGAAGUAAUAAAGAAAGGGUGUCGUAAUAUCAAUACUUAAGUCCAUUUAUACUCAGAAGUUUAUCAUUUGAAUAAAAAGACUAUAUGAAUAUUGUUA